ACGGGCCCAGAACACACCAGCCUCACAACUCCUCACAACUCCCCAGCCUUAAUGUGUGUAGGCGGGACAAGGAGAACACCGAUUCUAUCCAGAAGAAGAGGAAAAAGAAGAGGCUAAAUGAGAAGGGAACCCAGGUUGAACUAGGCAUGCGGGAGGAUAUCCAUGACCUUGACCUCGCCCAUUGGAGAUUGGCUAGAGAGACAUGGAGAACUGAGCGAGGAAACAUGAGGGAGAUUAAGGCGCUGUAUGGAGAAAUAUUUAGGCUGCACCAACUCUUGGAGGAGAUUGGGGUGGAUAAAGGGGUGAUCAAGCAGCGCUCCACCUCCUCCAUUAUUUGUCCCGUCUCCCCGACACUGCCAGCUUUCCCCUGGUACAACCACCACAGGUACCUCGCCAACAGCCAAUCGGAGCCUGACCAGCAUGCUGCCGGCACCCAGAAGGACCCACCUAAGAAACACUUUAUCUUUCCCUCUCUGGACACACAGAGCUGCACCUCCCCUGAUAAAUGGCCUCAUUCUCCGCCCAAGACAUCACACCCACACGCUUCCCACCGAUUUGCUGUCCCGUCCCACCUCCUGGCUUCCAGCCCUCCUGCCCGGAUGAGACAGACCCAUCUGCAGGUCCACCCCAGGUCCCCAUUGACUGGCCAGGCAAAGGUCAAGGAUGAGGUUAAGAGGCCAGAGACUGCAUCGUCUGAGGAAUUGUCUGAGGAAGUUCAACGGAGAGGAGCAGAAAUUGCAAGCAUGUAUAAAGCACAGCUGAAAGAGAGGAUGGCCCAAAAGAGAAAGGAAGAGAUUCUGAAGAAAACGGCAAACAGCGAUGACAAGAACGAUGACACUGAGGCCUCCUGCUCCUCUGCAGUAAAACGAUCUAAUACCCCUGCCACAGCCCCAGAGCGCCCGGCCAGCCCAGAGGCCACGCCAGUGGCCGCCCGAGAGGACACUCAGGGGGACACCCAGCAGGACCUGGCAGAGGUUGUGAAUGUGCUCAAGAGGCAAUCAUCUGAUCUAUACCUGCCUGACGACGUUUGUGAGGAGUCACUCACAUGGAAAUCCAUUUACGAGGAGCUGUGCCCGCUCGCUCACAGAGUGAACACAGAAGCUGACUACAUCAAGGCGCUCCGCGUCAUCACUGAGAAUGCUGUGACUCCCUCGUGCUCGUCUGAGGAUGAUGUGUCUCAGAGUGUGAGUGAGGACACAAGUCAGGAGGGGAGUAGUGAAAGUGAGGAGAGCAUGAGUGGACAACAGCAGAGAUGUCUACACAGGGAUCCUUAUGGUAAGAGGGACAGGAAGGAGAUUGAUAGUGGUAAAAUGGAAGGGAGAUUUGCAACCGCCAAUGCAAUGUCUAUGAUGGCGAGCCGAGGGAUAGAAGAACUUAAUUCCAUGAGCUACGCAGACAGGAUCAAAUAUUUCAAGUAUGAGGCUAAGAGAAAUGAAGAGAUGAUGAAGAUUGAAAGGAGGAAGGAAAAAGCCAGGGACGAAGAGCUCAAAAAGUGGGAAAAGAGGCAGAAGAAAUUGAAUGAGGAGGAAAGGAAAAGGACAGAAAAUAUGGAAAAAAACAAGUUAGAGGAGCAGAGGAAAAGGGAGAAGGCAGAGAUGAAACUAAAGAUUGAACAUGAGAAAAAGAGACAAGAACAAGAGAAAAAGAGAGAGAAAAAAGAAAGAAAGCAGCAGGAGAUGCAACAAAAGGCCCGUGCAAAAGAAGAGAAAAAGAGGGCAGAGGAAGAGAAAAAGAUGGAGAAACAGAGAAUGGAGGAGGAGAGGAACAGGGAAAAGGAGAGAAUGAAGGUGUUGGAGAUGCAGCAAAAGGCACGAGAGAAAGAAGAGAAGAGGAGGAAAGAGGAACAGAAAAGGAGAUUGAAGGUACAGCAGGAACAAGAGAAGGAGGAACAGAAAAGGCAGACAAGGAUACGGGACGAGGAUAAGAAGAGAGCAGAGCUUCAAAGAAUAAAAGAUCACGAGGCCAGGUUCAAAAUGGAGAUGGAGAAACUGUAUGAGAGAGAAGAGAGGAAUGCACAGAUUGAAAGAGAAAAGAGGCGUGCGCUGUGUCAGAAAAAAGGACAGACACAGAGAGCAAAACAGGUGGUGGCAUACGAGGUCACAGCAUCUACAUCUGACGCCUCUGUGCGGAGGGAAGAGAGGGAGCAACGUCCAGAGACCGCUCACGCACAGUCUGCAAAGAGGAGAACAAGGAAGAAGCAGAAGAAAGCGGCGGACGAGGCAUCGACAACUUUUCAGUAGAUGACAAAAGAAAGGGAGCAGACAAAAGAAGAAAUGUACAAGUCAAUGCUCCUAGUUAUGUUGAUAGAUGUAAAUAAACAACAAAUGAGUUUGUUUUAAAGAGUAAAAACAAUCAAAAAAAUGAGAAAAUAAGCAAAAGGAGGAACAAAUUAUAAGGAAGCCAGGCCUGAGGGUGAAGAGGAGGAAACAUGAGAGACCAGAGUGGUUUAUCAGGAGGGAAGUAGGAGAUAUAGAAUUCAAGUUCUGAUGGACAGAAUCAUGAAGGACCAUGGGAUAAAAGGUCAAUGAGAUUAGCAGUAAAGAAGAGCUGAGUGGAUCAAAAGAAAGUUAUGGAAAACACAAGGAGGGAGGCAAGAUAAACAGAGACCCAGAGAAAAGAGGUGAAAACACUUUAUAAGAGUAAUAGAGAGGAGAUUGAUUAGAUUUCUGAUGGACAUAUGGCCAAAAUAAAUAUCUCAAUAACUAAGGAUUAGCAGAUAAGGAGAAGACCAAGAGCACAGGAAAAAUAACCAACAGACGUCAAAAAGAAAGGAAGUCUGCCUCUUCUACUUCUCUUUUAAAGUUGCUUUGGUUUCCUUUUGUCCUCUUUCUAAGCCUGUUCAAGUCUCAGAUAGAUGAAAAGAGCAGCCAAAGAAACAGAUCUGUUGAAGCAUCAAUUGGAAAGGAUGGGAGGGUUGGAGGAGGAGCACAGCUGGAUGACUACAUUAGAUUGUGGCAUAUGAGGUCUGUUGAAGCAUCAAUAGGAAAGGAUGAAAGGGAGGGAGGCAGGAAGAGGAAAACACAGAAGAGCAGAUGAGGAGCACUCUAUGUUCUGCUUCCAUGUUCUGCUGGAGGACAUCAUGGAGGAAGAGGGAGAGGGUCUAUGAUAGGCAGUUUGCCAUGGCCCUAAAUGGGCCUUUGAAUGUUAAUUCUUCCUGCUUCAUAUCAUACAA